AUGUCAGGCGAAGCCGCUAACUGCAAUGAGAAUAAGAAGGUAGCACUUAUUACUGGAAUUACUGGCCAGGAUGGGUCAUACCUCGCGGAGUUUCUCAUUGACAAGGGUUAUGAAGUUCACGGUGUGAUUCGUCGCUCUUCAUCAUUCAACACAGGCCGUAUACAGCACUUGUAUGGACGGCCAGCAUGUCAUACUGGAGGCAGAAUGCACUUACACUACGGUGACCUGACUGAUACAACCUGCCUCAUUAGUAUUAUUACAAAGAUUCGACCUAAAGAAAUAUACAAUUUAGGCGCUCAGUCCCACGUGAAGGUUUCAUUCGAACUUAGUGAAUAUACAGCACAAGUAGAUGCCCUGGGUACUCUCAGGCUACUGGAGGCGGUGCGAGCGGCGGGUCUUGCAAAGGAGACCAAAAUAUAUCAAGCGUCCACCUCAGAAUUAUAUGGAAAGGUUGUCGAAGUGCCACAAAAUGAGAAGACCCCGUUUUAUCCAAGAUCACCGUAUGCAUGUGCAAAACUUUAUGGCUACUGGAUCGUGGUCAAUUACCGGGAAGCAUACGGCAUGUUCGCCUGUAACGGACUGCUCUUUAACCACGAGAGUCCUCGGCGAGGAGAGAACUUCGUCACCAGAAAAAUAACAAGAGGCGUCGCAAAGAUAACCCUAGGACUCAUGGAGUACCUAGAAUUGGGUAAUCUGGAUAGUAAAAGAGAUUGGGGCCACGCUAAGGAUUAUAUUGAGGCCAUGUGGCUAAUGCUUCAACAAUCUGAAGCCGAAGACUUUGUAGUAGCAACAGGAGAGGCUCACAGCGUUCGGGAAUUCGUCGAGCGAGCUUUCGCGUGUGUUGGACGGAAGUUGACGUGGCGGGGGCACGGGGAAACUGAGACGGGACACGAUGCUGACACUGAUCAGCUCCUGGUUAAGGUCAAUCCAAAAUACUUCAGACCAACAGAAGUGGAUCUAUUACUUGGAGAUCCAUCAAAGGCCAAAGAGAAGUUAGGCUGGACGCCGAAGGUGAGCUUUGAUCAGCUCGUCAAGGACAUGGUAGAGGCUGACCUUCAACUAAUGAAGAGCAAUCCUGAAGCGUAA